AUGCCUGUCUCCAUAGACUCUGCUCGCCCAAUCAUGGCUCCUUCGAACCGCGCUUCCCUCCGCUACAGCACCUACAGCAUGGCUGCCCCGUCCGUGGCCAUGUCUGUCCAGACCAACGACUCCCAACACGCCGAAAUCCGCGAAAUCGCCACCGGCCUUGAUCGCAUGGAGAACAAGGCCCUCUCGUCCCAGCGCGUCAUCCUGACCGAGGAAAAGUACGAGCGCAUGAGCAAGCUCGCCCUCGGCGCAAAGCUGGAGCGCGCCCUCGACCGUCGCAUGAGCAGCCAGGACGCCGUCAUGCGCCCCCGGAGAAAGACGACUUCGGCAGUCGAGAAGACCAUCAGCGAGAAGGCCCAGUAA